CAUGGCCCCGGGGCCGCCGACCGCCCGCGGGCUCCUGCCGCUGCUGCCGCUCCUGCCGCUGCCGCAGGUGGCGCUGGGCUUCGCGGACAGCAGCUGCGACCCCUCGGACCAGUGCCCGCCCCAGGCCCGCUGGAGCAGCCUGUGGCACGUGGGGCUGGUCCUGCUCGCUGUCCUCCUGCUGCUGCUGUGUGGGGUCACAGCCAGCUGUGUCCGGUUCUGCUGCCUCCGGAAGCAGGUGCAGGCCCAGCCACAUCUGCUGCCAGCACAGCAGCCCUGUGACCUGACAGUCAUCCCUGUGGACAGCGACAGCCCUGUGCACAGCACUGUGACCUCCUACAGCUCCGUGCAGUACCCACUGGGCAUGCGGCUGCCCCUGCCUUUUGGGGAGCUGGACCCUGACUCCAUGGCCCCUCCUGCCUACAGCCUGUACGGCCCUGAGCUUCCGCCCUCCUAUGAUGAGGCUGUCAAGAUGGCCAAACCCACAGAGGAAGAGCUGGUGCCCCCCUAGAAACCCAGCCUGCCCCCUGGGGCUUCAGGCCUAGAGACCACUCCAGAGCCCCAGGAGCCAGGCCCCCAUGCCCAACACUCCCGCUGCAGCACUGGUGCCCCUUGAAGGAGGCAGGGGACACUCCUGGAGCCAUCGGACCAGAGCUUGGAGUAUUGGUGCUUGGAGCCACGGGGCCCCCAGCCUGCCCACAUCCUUCCCCCGGGGGACCUGCCGUCCCGCACGGUGCUGCAGACUCAGCCUCACACUGUCGCCCCACUGCCCCCCCCCCAGGCAGGCUGCUGCUUUCAGCCCCUGGCCCUGGCCCAGCCCCAGCGGGCCCUGAGCCUCAGGAGCUCAAGGGCAGCUGUGACAUCUGCAUCUUUCUAGAGCAAGAAUAAAGUUUGUAUUUAAGUGGC